AUGGGGAGAUCAGUCCUGAGAGAGACUGAGACGCUGAGAGAGAGUGAAGGGUACGGAGCGUGUGGACAGUUGGCACUAGGACGGGAAGGACUGAGGGGCAAUCCCAGUGCAAUCAGUGGCUCCCAGCUGAGGUGGGGGAGCCAAUUCCCAGAGGUCCAAGGGAAUCCGUCUCAGACAGAGAUCACAACUGCCUCACCCUACAGACCACGGCCUUGGACUUCUCUGAGUGGAGGACCCAUCACUAGACAAUCAAGAUGUGUGAAAUGGAGCAGAUGAAGCAGGAAGCUGAGCAACUGAAGAAACAGAUUGCGGAUGCACGGAAAGCAUGUGCUGACACAUCACUUGCUCAGAUUGCAUCCGGGGUGGAGCUGGUUGGACGCAUACAGAUGCGUACACGAAGAACACUUCGUGGACACCUGGCCAAGAUCUAUGCUAUGCACUGGUCCACAGACUCCAAACUCCUGGUGAGUGCCUCACAAGAUGGGAAAUUGAUUGUGUGGGACACGUACACAACCAACAAGGUUCAUGCCAUCCCUCUCCGCUCAUCUUGGGUCAUGACUUGUGCCUAUGCCCCUUCAGGGAAUUUUGUGGCCUGUGGGGGCCUUGACAACAUGUGCUCUAUCUACAACCUCAAGACCCGUGAAGGCAACGUCAAAGUGAGCAGGGAGCUCUCUGCCCACACAGGGUACCUCUCCUGCUGCCGAUUCCUGGAUGACAAUAAUAUUGUAACAAGUUCUGGAGACACCACAUGUGCACUCUGGGAUAUUGAAACAGGACAGCAGAAGACAGUGUUCUUGGGUCACACUGGAGACUGUAUGAGCUUGGCUGUCUCCCCAGAUUUCAAUCUGUUUAUCUCUGGAGCCUGUGAUGCCACUGCUAAGCUGUGGGACGUGCGGGAGGGAACCUGUCGUCAAACGUUUUCAGGGCAUGAGUCUGACAUCAAUGCCAUUUGUUUCUUCCCCAAUGGCGAGGCAAUCUGCACUGGCUCAGAUGAUGCCACCUGCCGCCUCUUUGACCUCCGGGCAGAUCAGGAGCUUACUGUCUAUUCUCACGAGAGCAUCAUCUGUGGAAUCACAUCAAUCGCCUUAUCCCGCAGUGGACGUCUCCUGAUGGCUGGAUAUGAUGAUUUUAACUGCAACAUCUGGGACUCCCUGAAGGGGGAGCGUGUGGGAAUCCUCUCUGGCCACGACAACAGGGUGAGUUGUCUCGGAGUGACAGCAGAUGGCAUGGCCGUGGCUACCGGCUCCUGGGAUAGUUUCCUCAAGAUUUGGAACUGAAGAGGAUUAUGGGGAGGGGAGAAAUACUGAGAGCAGGGUACAAGCACUGAGCCUACAUGAAAGGCAUUACCAACAGAGCACAAUUGGUACUUGUAUGUUAUACAGAGCCAUUUCUCUGUGUCAUAUUAUAUUUAUAUGACAGUCACUUUCAGGGGCUUCCUGGCCUAGAGGAGAGGUCCAGGGAUAGGAGCUCUCCACUGGCUGUUCUCCCCUACCCAUAUUCUAAAGAAGUCAUAGCAGCUUUCAGCCUUUACCAGGUUCUAGGACCCUGCGUAAGUGUGGCCGUUGCACAGAUUUUAGGUACUUACAAUACAUACCCAAAGGCACCUUCCACCCCCUUUCAUUCCUGUAUCAACUCAGGGGCAUCCAUCCCUCUAAACAACCCACCUUUAGAAAACCACCUCCCUCCAUAUGCAUAAAUCCAUUCCAUCUGAGCCCAGUCCCUUAUAGGAGUGCAAGCCCCCCCACCAAACAAACCAACCAACACCUCCUUCGUACUGAUUGCUCUUAAACCUUCCCCCACCACCCAGGCACACUGGUUUGGGGAUUAUAACCUCCUUUCCUAAGCAAGGAGUUGAAAUCCCAACUAGUUUGUGGUAGAGGAAGAAGCCCACAAUUUGCUCAAGUUUCAUUAGUGUACUAAAUGGGGUUCUGAACGUCUCUUCCCCAAUAUGGAGCAUCAGGAACAGCAAAUGUUUAAUUUAUUAUCAUCAUCUGUUCAUAGCUGCUCUCUCCCCUUUGUCACUAACCCCCAUAUGCUGUGAAUUUCCCCUGCAUUAGCCUGUAGCCUCACUUAGUCAUUGCUUUAGAGAUAUAAUUAUCAUAGUCCAGGCACAAUAAAGAGA